AUGGCAUUUGAGGCCUCUGGAAUCAGAUUCUGUCAGCUGCAUGGUAAUAUGUCUACCUUUGAGAGGACUUGUCAGCUCAAUCCCUUCACAAAGGAUCCAGUGGUUGAGGCAUUUGUAGUCUUGAUAGAAGCUGGUGGUGUAGGGUUGAAUAUGACAUGUGCUGAUGAGGUUUAUUUAAUGGAUGCCCAUUGGAACCCCCAGGUAGUGCAACAAGCAGUGGACCACCUGCACCACAUUGGUCAGACUAGGCCUGUAAGAGCCUUUCAUGUGGUAACUGGACAAUCCAUUGAGCAGCAUCUCUACAAUGUAAGUCAAAUAACCACUUUCUCUGCACACAGCUCUUGUCAUGGUAGCCCUGACCCCCAUAAAACACUUGAUUCAGGUUCAGAAACGGAAAGCUGCACUUGCAAAGAGAGUGAUUACAUUAUCAGUCCCUAG